AGGAGACCGAUUGCUUUUACGGCAGGAUCAGAACGUGUUAGAAAAACAAUUCGACCAGUCCAGACGCUAAACUCUUUUGCCAACGACAACGACGACAACGUCUAUGUUUUGACCUUGCCGACAUUUGCUCCUGCGCUCACAAGGCCAGGUUAGCUCUGUAGACUCCCAAUCCUUCUUCUGCCUUGCUUUCCCCUUGUUCCUAUCUUUUAUCUCUCAUUAAUCUUCCAUGUCGUCCGCUAUCUCGCGCCAUGACCAGGCUUCGCGAAGUUGGUGGUCCUCAAAACACGCCAAGUAUCCUGCUCAACCCAAGGACAUGCCCCAGGAUUUUACCCCGGGAAGCUCGACGUCUUCCACUAAAUCUUCCGGCAGCAAGUUUAAUUCUCUGACUUCUGUUUUCAAGUCCAAGAAGCACCCUUCCUUGGCCAUACAAGACCCUCCCCUGCCUCCCGCCCGACCCGUUCUCUCUGCUGUUUCACCGUCGGAUCUGGGACGAUCAAAGUCUCACAACGUACAGUGCACUCGGCCUCCAUCCAAAUCUGUUUCAUCCACCCUCUCGCAGGCGGAAUCAUCAGAGCCUCGUACCCCAGUCGACAGCAACCGAGAAAUGCACCACCAGUCAUUACUGACAUUGUCAGACAACGAUCCUUUUGCCUCCCAUGGUAUAUUCAUACCUCACUCUCCUGUAGACCCCAACCGUCUCUCGGUUUACUCAAAUUCCUCCAUCAUAGAAUACUCCAAACGGAGUGACGCGGGGAUUAACCGUGGAUCCUAUGCUUCGUCCUCAUCUCAGUCGAACUAUUACGGCGAUUCACCGUCGUUUAGUCCUACUUCCCGUACGGCGUCGUCGCCAGAUAUACCCACUCGGCGAAAACUUACGUCCAAGAAAUCGGGAGGUGAUUUGCGACGCAAUGGAUCCAUGCAUUCGUCUGUAGUUUCUGCUGAAGUUAUCCGGAAUGCCAGGGAUGCAGCAUGGGAAAGCCUCCCAUCUCCCGGAAACCCAAUUAUCAAGAACUCGUCAUCAGUCACUCUAACAGAGAAAAAUCGAUUGAGCCAACCUGACGCUUCACAUGUAGCCAGACCAUCGCUUCGUGCUCGAGGCCUGACGGAAAGUGGCGGCAUUCAUCCUCCAAACUUUCUUCGCCGGGACUCUGCGCAGUCUCCGGACAAUGCUUCAACUUCUUCCCCUCGCGUUAUCGUACGUCAGGCGUCCAUCCAGCGAAUGGGCUUGCCACCCAGCGCACCCCCCACUCAGCGGCUGCCUCUUCCGCCUCCCGUUCCCAUGCCCAUAGUCGAUGACGACGCGGAUGUAGUACUAUCGCCUGACAUAUCAGGGGGUUCUGCGGCAUCUUCUUUCACUUCUUCGAUGAGGGAACCGUACAUGGCCAACCAACAUUACAUUCCGCGCGAGGAUAGAUCACAUAGGGAUACCUCUUCUGAGCUCGAGAAGUCCCCAUUGUCUUCUCCUAAAGCAGGCCGUACCCUUAAAAAGUCGAUAUCUCAUCAGUCCCUGACGAAGAGGGGCAGUUCCGGCGGGUCGCCAGCUCCACCCACUGCUACAACUGACCCUGUAGUUGAGAAGGCGCCACGGAAACAGAGAUCAUUCCAUCAUGCUCGCCUUCCUAUGAUCCCUCCACUGCCUCUGCCUCUGCGUCACAACAAUAAUUCAGUUCCUUCCACUGCUGCUUCAAACUCUGCGGGUGAUGCCACUUCCAUAUCCGAUAAGCGUGGAAGCUCGGGCGGAGGGUCCGCUAGUGGUGGGAGAAAAAGACUAUUUUCGGGCUCACACUUUGGGAGGCAUUCGGCGUCGCAGGGACUCUCGCCUGAAGAAGAUAAACGAUCAGUUUUCAGUCUUCCUGUUGAGUCAGACCGUACCGGCAGCAGUAGUUUGCUGUCACAGACAACUUUAUCACCGUCGUCCUCUUUUUGGGAUGAAAGUACUCCGGACAUUCCCAGUAGCCCGAAGCCUGAAUACGUGCCUCAGUCAAUAUUGUCACCAGCCGAACUCCUUGAAGUAGAAGCCAAUAUCCAAGAUGCCCUCAAUUUCAGUAAACAGUCGCGACAGCGUGGCUACUCCGUGGUAUCUUCUUCUACUGUUGCAGACGACGACUACGGCCCCAUCCCGGAAGGUCUUGCGGCACCAUUCUCUCUUAACAAUGGCCCGAAGCUAGGCAUAUCCGUUCCAUCUCUAUAUUCGCGCCCAUCGACGCAACCCACUCAUCCCUCAUCCAUAACUUCGAAUUCCUUUUUUUCACCUCCAUCUGAUCCGCAUCACAUCAGCCUCCCUCCCCCACCUCGUCGUUCUCGCCCUCAAACUUCUCCCGCUCAUAAUGACAAUGAGAUUAAGCCCUUAUCUCCCCCUCCACGCACCAAGGUGCGCAGGAAGGUAUCGGUUGAGACCAAUCUCCGGCGGAAUAUGAUGAUAAGGAAACCAUCCUUUUUGGAUAUAGAUGAUGAAUUCGACAGAGAUCACCAGCGAGUCUCACGACCAGAUCCCCCACCAAAGGUGAAUGCGAAGCAACAAAUACACGAUAGCUUCCUUGAUCUUGCGCGAGAGUCAUUUGACAGUUCACGUAGUGACGACCCAUAGCGACACCUUAUUCUCUUUCUCAACGGAUGCGUACAUAUCCUAUCUUUAUGUUCUUAUUUGCUACAUACGAUACCUCAAGCGUGUGCUUUUACUGUUUUCGUUUGCUUUCCGUCUUAUUGUGUUAAUAUAGCUGCAACAACCCUACCAGGUUAUACAUUCGUACAUCACCCUCCUUUACAUUUCUUCGUGUACCUCCAACAACUUUUUACAUUCAUCCAUGGCCGGUGGCUGGUACUGUAUUCUUACCCUCCCAUGUCCCACCUCAAGCAAAGCAUUCAAAAUGAUGG